UCCUGCAUGCGCAGCUAGGCCGUCUACGUCUGCUAUAUAAUUUUGUUGCCGUCGAUCCGACCGCCUUUCCAGAUUGAUUUGAAAAAACAUGGUGCUAUCCCAGGAUGUCUGUAAAUUCUAAUGAAGCAUCAUUAUUGAUCCAAGAUGAAGAAAAUAUAGUACAGGAGACAUAUCUAUCACCUUCAGUCUAUCAUCUGAUCUGUGAGAUUGGAACGAGGACAUCAGCUACUGGAAAGCCUUGUUUGUUAGACAAUGGCCUUAUAGAUUGGGAUUCCUUGAACAGACUUGCUCUGCAGGAUGGUAUAGAUUCCUGGGAGACCAAGAAAGAUUUUAUUGACAUUGUGAGUAAACUUACUCCACUUUGUCUGGACAUCCACGAACAUGUGAUGGCGCUCUCUCUAUCUGAUCUGCAGGAGACAUAUAGUGAAUGGUUUGAAUGGACAGGUUCCCCUGAAGUUUUCCUUGAAGGAUUGCAGCUUCUUAAGGAGGGAGAUAUGAGAGGUCCUUCAAUUAGUUUACUCAUGACCACAUCGGCUCUAGAGAGGGCGCUUGGAGAUGUGUAUUUGAUGAAAAAUAAGCCUUGUCCAUCUCUUCUUAAAGAUCUCUUGAUAACAGAAGAGUUACAGAGCUUCUUUGGAUGUCAUGCAUUAUUUUGUUUACGAGUUUUAAUUGGACCUCCGACAAGUCUCAACCUUAGAAAUAUUCUUUGGCAUGGAUUUGCAUCACCUGGUGAAAUUCCAUCAAGAUACGCAAGUUUUCUAUUAGUGGUAGUAGCUGAUCUUGGCUACAAGCUCCACAAUCAAGGCAUUAAUUCAUCCAGCAUUCCACAUAGGAAACAGAUAGAAUUCCAGAAUUAUCUUCCAUUACUACAUGAUAAAUUCCCUGUUUUAUUUCCAGAUCAUUUAAAUUCACUGUCUAAAGAGGUUCAGAGGAUAGGUCUUUUCUGUGACAAUCACAUUUCAUUGUGGGACCAAGCUCUUUAUUAUUAUAGUAUUGAAAGGUAUAAUCACUGCAUAAUGAUCAUAUGCCCUCUUCUUGAACACCUGAUCAGACUCAUUUUUGCGAAAGCCAACCGAUGUCCCGAAAGAGUUCUGACAGCUGAGUCCACAGUACUGUUCACAACAUUUGAUGAGAUGAUAUGUGCUGAGCUGAGUGACGGAGCACCCAACCUGCUUAUACCUACAUUAUCUGAGCCAUUCAUGAACCUGCUGAUGGAUCUUUUAGUUCAUCCCGAUGGUCCUCGUCUCAGGGAUCGUAUCAGCCAUGGUGAGGUUGAUCACCAUGGUCUGCCUCAAGAACUAGCUUCAAUUGCAAUAUGUACCUUACUUGCUUGCUCCACAAAGCUGGAAAAGUCAUCUUUUGAAACAUGCGAAAAAUUGUCUACUUUGGAUCAAAUCCUAGACCGUGCCUCGUCAUACACCUCUGUCUUUCAUCCUUUGGCUACUUGUAGACGCCUGGUCCGUUCUCUUGCUCCAUGUCUUAGUGACUGGUCCUCCAUGCCUAGACCAAGCCCUCAGGACCUGGACUACUCUCAAUGGGAAACUGGACUUGUGGAAUGUGACUCAGAUGCGAGAACCAGAGACAAAGAACUGGUACUGAUUGUGCUGAGAUAUGACCAGUGUUUUAGCAAAGAUGAUGAAGACUUUAUUGUAAAUUGUGUCAUCAACCCUUUCCUUUCCAUGGAUCCUCUUGCACAUCAUAUUGAUAGUCUCAAUCUUCAGACCUUAUUUAGACCUCGUAAGGAGCUAGAGAUGGCAAGUCUUCUGCAGCGCAUUGCAGUUGAAUGUCUGAAGGUCAAUGAUCAGAUACAGUGUUUAGCAACCACAAGAUUCAGCCAAUGGCAAAGCAAAGAACUCAGAUCCCGACAGAGAUCAAACUAUCAACGUUUCCUGAACAGGUAAGAGUUUACCAUCAACCACUUGGAAGGCUUCACUUGGUCCACUUUUCACAUAGUUUUAUACCACUUGUGUUUAUCUCAUUUGGUCUUCUAUCAAUUCUGUCUAUUUGCUGCUUGACCUACAAAGCACUUGGUCUGAUACCCACUUUUAUUUAAAAAGUCAAAAGUCUUUGUCAAAUGAAAAUUUGUAUGUUAAUUGUUCAUCUUGUCAUAUGGUAUGAGACCAAUUGGAUAUUACCAUAUAUAGCCUAACUGGAUAAUAAACAAAAUAGUGAAUGGGCUUGGACCACAUACUUAGUAUCUAAAUUGGUUUAGACGAAUUAGGAUUAGACUAAAGUGGAAGGGAACCAACUGGAAAGUAGAUAAAGGUGUUAGCUAAGUAACAUUUGCCUUUUAAAAUUGCAUCAUUGGAAUAUCACAGUGAUAUAUAUAUAUAUCAGUUUCGAUAAAUGUCUUCAGAACUUGUCUUAUCAUAGUUUUUUUCUAAA